CUGCUUCCUUGCUGAACGCGUGGUAGCGAUUAUUGCUUAUUUACCUCUUUUUGCGAUUCUGAGUUGUUCUGGAAAUGGCAGAAAUGGUCAAAGAAAAGAGUACAGGGCUAAAAUUCGCAGAGGAGCAGCUUCUGCGACACGGAUGGGAAAAAGGUAAAGGUCUGGGAAGAUCAGAGAAUGGCAUCUCAGAGGCUAUUAAAGUCAAAAUUAAAUAUGGUAAAGGAGGGAUGGGCCAUAAGGAAGGUGAGCAGUUCAGUUUUCACUGGUGGGACCAUGUUUUUAACAAAGCCUCAUCCAGUCUGGUUGUGGAAACAGCGCAGACUGGUGUGGUGGUGAAGUCAAAUGACAGCAGUGAUGGAUUGAUCUCUAACAAGAAGCCACGCAAGGCUCAGCAAGCCAAGUCCAUGCUCUAUGGAUGUUUUGUCAAGUCAGCUACACUGCUGUCAGGUGAGCAGCCAGAAAAGACCUCUGAUUCAGAUGAUAGCAGCAGUUCUGAAGAUGAGGACCAGAAACUGGACCUUUCCACCACUACCAAGCUAUCUGACGCAGAUCUGCUAAAAGCUUGUGGAGGACGAACAGCACACAAAGGAGCCAGACAUGGACUUACUAUGAGUGCCAAACUGGCUCGGCUUGAGCAGCAGGAGCUGGAGUUCUUGAACAAGUAUGGUAAGAAGAACCACACUGCUGAAACAUCCACAAGCAGCACAGAUUGUCUAAACCCUGUGGGACAUCCAGAUGUUAAAGAGAAAACAAAACGCAAGAAAUCAAAAAGGCAGGAUGGACCCUCAGAGAAUAAUAUUCAUGAAGAUAAGAUGACAACACAGGUCCUUGUUUCAAGUAAUGACACUGAGGACAGCAAACCCCAAAAGAGGAAAGACUCUAAUGGUGUGUCUAUGAACGAUGAUAUUAUCACAGAUGUUGAGCCAAAGAAGAAGAGAAAGAAAAAUCGCAAAGAAAAAGAAGCACCUGAGGAUGGUCUUAAUGGAGAAUGCAGCGUAGACGUGAAUGAAGCGUUCACACACACAUCAGAGGAACGAGACGCACACCUGCCGAUGGAUGACAGCAAUCACAAGAAGAAGAAAAAGAAAAAGAAGAAACGGUCCAAGGUAGUUGCUGAGACAGAUGAGAUCAUUGAGGAUUCCACAGACGCACACGGCAAACAACCACAGGAGGGCAGUAUUGAGCAUCAACAAACCUCUGACAAUGUCUCGAAGAAGAAAAAGAAAUCCGUCAUGGACCUCUAUGAAACCGCAGAUGUGGAAAACUCAACUAGUGGGAUGACAGCGACAGAGGACACUGGCAAUGAAGCACAGAUAACAGGAGGACAGGAGAACAACAAGAGGAGGAACAAGAAAAAGAAACGAAGCAAAAAGGAGCAGGAGGAGGUGGUAGAGAAUGUUCAGUGUGAGGAGUCCACGCCAAAGAAAAAAAAGAGCAAAAAGUGAACGCACAAACUCACUACAAACACAAGGGUGGUAGUUGAUGAUCAGGAUCUGUGCUGCU